UGGUAUACAAGCUGAAUAAUCCUAGGCUUAAGAUAUGAGGAAAAUAUACCAGACGGCAUUAUUAAUUAUCCUAAAAGUUUUUCAAGUUUUAGCUACAGGAGUUAAAACAACAGAAAAAGUGUUUGUGCGAAGGGGUGACGACAUUGUGUUGAAUUGCACCUGCUUUCGUGAGAAUAAUGGCGAAUGGAAAGGACCAAACAUAUCAUCCCUCUCGAAUCACUCCAAAGAGGAAUUCUUAAUUCCGUAUGCUACAGGACUAAAAUUAAAUCCGAUAUUGGAAGGAUCAAACGUUCGUGUUGUUGGUGGUUAUGACAGUAAUACAUGUAAACUAGUUAUAAAUAAUUUUUUGGCUAUGAACGAGGGCAUAUACAGAUGUCAUUAUGUUCAAAGCAAUACUGAAUUCAACCAUGUGUUCAAAGUUGUAGUGAUAUAUCCACCGGAUUUGAAAUUAUAUAUGUACAAUUUAAGCGAUGGUAUAAAACUUACAUGCAAUGCGUCGGGUAAACCCAGUACUUACAUAUUUGAAGACUGGGAACACAGAUCAGAGUUCAAUGAAAAGAUCAGAUAUCUAAAGGGCACACACGAUGGGAAUCUUUUCAUUCAAUAUGACCAAUACCAAAACAGUGGACGCUAUACAUGUAAUGUGACAAAUGGCGUGUCAUCAAGAAAUGGAAAUCUUUUUCAAACACGACAGAUCUCUAUUCCGUAUGAAGGCACACCGAUGUUUGUAUUUGGAAAUGAUAGAACACAAUUCGGUCAAUAUGGAAACGAAAUUAAGGUUGCCUUCAAUAUUUUUAGUUCAACUGAAAUAGGAGUAACAAUCAUUGAGACGAACAUGAUACAUACGUUCGAGGAUUUAGUUAGGCCAUGCAAUUCAACUUGUCAGGGUUAUCUAGAAUUUCAUGGAGUAAAUAUUACAAUAUUGUGCACCCGGUUUUUGUUUUCAUUUCUAAUAUCUGGAACAGAAGAUUUUACGAAUUAUACUGUUGAAGUUUGUAAUAAACAUGGAUGCAUCAAUCGAGUGGUUGGAAUUGAGAGAUAUCUAACCUUGACAUAA